AAUAUCUUCAAAAUAAUAUUUUUAUAAGAAAUAAUAUCAUGUCUGCGGGAAAUUUAGCAUUAUUAAGUGUUUCUGACAAAACAAACCUUUUACCAUUUGCUAAGAAAUUGCAUAAACUAGGUGUGCCUUUAGUUGCAUCUGGUGGAACAGCAAAAUUUUUAAGGGAUGCUGGUCUUCCAGUAAAGGAUGUUUCUGAUAUUACUGGAGCACCUGAAAUGCUCAAUGGGAGAGUUAAAACUCUUCACCCUGCUGUUCAUGCUGGCAUAUUAGCUAGACUCACGGAAUUAGAUCAGCAAGAUCUUCAGAAACAAAAUUAUGAGCUCAUUCAGCUUGUAAUAUGUAAUUUAUAUCCAUUUGUAAGCACAAUUGCAAAAUUAGAUGUGACAGUUGAAGAUGCAAUAGAAAACAUAGAUAUUGGUGGAGUAACUCUGUUACGAGCUGCUGCUAAAAAUCACAACAGAGUAACAGUUAUUUGUGAUCCUAGUGAUUAUGAAAAAAUUGGGAAUGAAAUGGAAUUAUCUAGUAAAAAAGAUACUUCUCUAGAAACUAGACGAGUAUUAGCACUUAAAGCAUUCACUCAUACAGCAGAAUAUGACGAUGCUAUUUCAGAUUAUUUCCGCAAACAAUUUAGCAGCAAGGUGUCUCAAUUGACAUUGAGAUAUGGGAUGAAUCCACAUCAGAAGCCAGCACAAAUUUUUACUACUCUGGAUAAAUUACCAUUGACAGUAAUAAAUGGCUCCCCAAGUUUCAUUAAUCUCUGUGAUGCAUUAAAUGGUUAUCAAUUGGUAAAUGAAUUAAAGGGAGCUCUAGGUUUGCCUGCUGCAACAUCCUUUAAACAUGUUAGUCCAGCUGGUGCAGCAGUUGGAGUACCAUUCAAUUUAAUACAAGCAAAAUUAUGUCAAGUAGAAGGCUUAUUAAAUGAACUUACACCACUUGCAACUGCUUAUGCACGUGCACGAGGAGCAGAUAGAAUGUCAAGCUUUGGAGAUUUUAUAGCAUUAUCUGAUAUAUGUGAUGAAAUUACUGCUAAAGUUAUAUCUAGAGAAGUUUCCGACGGCAUUAUUGCACCCGGCUAUUCAAAAGAUGCGCUUAAAAUAUUGAAAAAGAAAAAGAGUGGUACAUACUGUAUUCUUGAAAUUGAUCCAAAUUAUGUACCAUCUCAAAUGGAACGUAGAGUUUUGUUUGGUUUAACUAUGGAACAAAAACGUAAUGAUGCAGUUAUUGAUAAAAAUACAUUUUCUAAUAUAGUAACUAAAAAUUUGACAACUGUUCCUGAUUUUGCUAUGAGAGACUUAAUCUUAGCUACAAUUGUUUUAAAAUAUACACAAAGUAAUUCAGUAUGUUAUGCAAAAGAUGGGCAAGUGAUUGGAAUUGGUGCAGGACAGCAAUCAAGAAUACAUUGUACUAGACUUGCUGGUGAUAAAGCUGAUAAUUGGUGGCUUAGACAUCAUCCUAAUGUUAUUGGUAUGAAUUUCAAGCAAAAUGUAAAAAGAGCAGAAAUUGCGAAUGCUAUUGACAAUUAUGUAAAUGGUUCUAUUGGAAAAGAUAUAGAUGAGAAAGUUUGGGCAGAAAUGUAUGAGGAGAUACCAGAGAAACUCAGUGAAAAUGAUAGAAUAGAAUGGUUAGAAGGAGCAAAUAAUGUUGUUUUAAGUAGUGAUGCUUUUUUUCCAUUCAGAGAUAAUGUGGAUAGAGCUAAAUUGAGUGGUGUUAAAUAUAUUGCAAGUCCUUCUGGUUCUGUCAAUGAUGAGGUAGUAAUACAAGCUUGUGAUGAACAUAAAAUGGUAUUAAUUCAUACUAAUCUGAGAUUAUUCCAUCACUAAGUAGAAA